AUGAAAGAUUUUUGCACUAAGCGCACUGUUCAAAUCAUCUUGUAUUGUUUCCUGUGCGGUAAUAACUGUUACCUCUUGGCUCCACUGUUAGGUCUGAACUCGACGAAGUUUACAAACUGGGCCAACUAUUGUCACGAAUACUCACUGUUAACUGCUUCUGUUUCUCCAACUGCAUAUAGAAAUGGAGACUUUUGCAUCAUACAUUUCAGAAAGGCUGGGUACGGAUGUUGUGGCUGUUCGUCUACUUUUAUCCAUGUUCAUGGGUUAUCCUAUCGCUUUUAUAUACAACAUGAAGGCAAGCUCGUGGAAAAUUUCCUAUCGACAUCUUUAUUUGUUUACCUGUGGUGUCCUUUUGUUCCUGUGGAAUUUUGGUAG